UUACCUUCAAAAAAUAAGUUGUCUGCUAAUGUGUUGUGUAACCUUACAGCACACGUGAACGAUAGUAUUAUUAUUGUUUUCAUGCCGCAGCUUUUACUGGUGAACAGGUUCUUUUAAAAAAGCGAUUUAAUUAGACAAUAAUGUAUAUUAAAGGCCUUUCUAGUGUAUGUUCAUAUUUACCAAAGUAUAAUAGUUAUAAAACCUGUUCUUCUAUUCGUUCGAAUGUGUGCUACCGAGAAAAAAUUUCCAAAAGAUAUAUUUCCUUGACAACACAGUCAUUGAGGAAUGAAGAAACACUGGAAAUAGGAGGUGUUACUAGGAAGUUGACGAAAAGCGAGCGUGUUGAAUUGGUUCCUACAAGAUAUGACCACCUUGAACUUGAUCAAUCAACAUUAAAAAAACUAAGAUGGAUGCUUCAAAAAGAUGUCCUUGGUCAAGAUAUGUUUCUGAUUGGACCUCCGGGACCAGAAAAAUUCAGAAUUGCACAUUUGUAUGCCCAGUUGGUCAAUCAGGAAGUUGAAUAUAUUGCCUUAUCUAGAGAUACUACAGAAAGUGAUUUGAAACAAAGAAGAGAAAUUCAUAGUGGCUCAGCCCAUUUUGAAGAUCAAGCUGCUGUGAGGGCUGCCAUUCAUGGAAGGAUUUUAAUACUCGAUGGAAUAGAAAAAACUGAACGAAAUGUGUUACCCGUCUUGAAUAAUCUCCUAGAAAACAGAGAAAUGCCUUUAGAAGAUGGAAGACUUCUGAUUUCUUCGGCACGUUAUGACAAGCUACGCAAGGCUAGUAAGUCAACCGAUCUUGAAAAUUGGAAGUUGGUCCGUGUGGAUGAAAAGUUUCGGGUGAUUGCUUUGGGGAUUCCGGUACCAAAAUACCGAGGACACCCGUUAGAUCCUCCGCUUCGUUCGCGUUUUCAGGCUUUGAAAAUCGAACAAAAAUCGUUCAAGGAUCAAUUGUUAACUCUUAGACAAGUCGCUCCCGGAGUCCCUGAGAGUUCUCUGAUUGAAUUGGCUUCAUUUGCCUAUGCCAUCAAUGCAAGCGAGUCAGAAGCUCAAGGAUUACCGGAUUUCCCCAUCAGUUCUUUACCCUUAGCAGUUGCAUUAAUGGAAAAUAACCCAGAUUUGUCGGUUGACAAUGUGCUUCAUCGACUUUAUCCUUAUAAAAGCUUUCUGACAAAAGACGGUCAAAGUAUGAUAGAAAAUCUGAUGAAAACCUUCAAAAUUGACAACACUACGCAACAUCAGCUCAGCAUUGAAAAUAAUCCUACUCCAUCUGUGCAGCGAGGGGCUCAAGUCAGGGAUUAUAUUGCCACUAAAUACCACCAACAAGUUGUCCACGAACUGAAGGAAUCAAUAGAAAUUCACGACAUUUGCUUGAUAGGGGCACGUGGAAGCGGAAAAAGUACGCUUAUCCGACAGUUGGCUAACUUAUUAUCAUUGGAAGUAGAACCUAUCAUGCUUUAUCAGGAUAUGACAUCGCGUGAUUUGCUGCAACAGAGAUCAACCCUACCAAAUGGUGACACCGUAUGGACACCUUCUGCACUCCUGAAAGCAGCCAUAGAUGGAAAGCUAGCCGUAAUUGAUGGCCUUCAUCGUAUAAAUACGGGAACUCUGUUUACCCUACAAAGCAUCAUUCACGAGAGAGAAGCGCAGCUUUUUGAUGGAUCUCGUAUUCUUCGCCACGAUCGUUACGAUGCUCUUCAGGAACGUCUGGGUUGCUCCAAAGAAAUCAUGGCUGAGAAAAAAUUGUUUAAGGUUCACAAGAAUUUUCGAAUCAUCGCACUGGCUGAACCUCCAAACUCCACAGGGAAAACUUCGAGUCACUGGCUGUCGCCUGAAGUCCUGUCCAUGUUCUUUUUUCAUACACUCCGUCCGAUGAAUAUGGAAGAAGAGGUUAAUAUACUCGAAGCGUUGGUUGGUGAUAAACUCGCGUUGGCUAUGCAUCCAGUUUUGAAAUUGGCCCAGCAUGUGCGCCAAUCCAACGAUCCAACUCUAAAUAGUUUGGCACCAUCCCUUUCUACACGGCAGCUUCUCCGUUUGGCAAAACGACUUAAGGAAUACCCAAAUAGUGACCCAUGGGGAUUAGUAGAGCGAACUUGUUUGUCACAAUUUUUACCAAGACUACCCCAAGAAGCACUUCGCAGAGCUAUGGAGUCGUGUGGAAUCGAAAAAACAGCUCCAUUCGAAACAAGCGAUUCCCAGUUAUGCUGUGUAGUAAAAAAUGGCGUAUUAACCAUUGGGGAGACCAAAGCUAAAAUUUACCAACAGGGCAAUCUUGCUAAAAUACCGGAUGUUGUCUUUCAUGAUACCAGACAACAUCUACGUGUGUUGGAAGCAUUACUUCAGGAUUUCAUUUUGGGUGAUCAUUUACUACUUGUUGGCAACCAGGGUGUUGGCAAGAACCGUCUUAUUGAUAGACUUUUGGCUCUGAUGAAUCGGCCGAGAGAAUAUAUUCAACUUCAUCGUGACACGACUGUACAAAGUUUAACAGUUCAACCGACCGUGCUCAACGGUGUAGUAGAAUUCCAGGACUCACCGUUGGUUAGAGCUGCUAGAGAUGGAAGUGUUCUUAUCGUAGAUGAAGCAGAUAAAGCUCCUACCCAAGUAACUUGCAUUCUCAAGACGCUGAUCGAAAAUGGUGAAAUGUUAUUGUCUGAUGGACGCCGAAUAUUACCCAUGGGAGUGCGAAGUGACAUAAAAGAAACUGAUAUUGUUCGACUUCAUCCCGAUUUUCGAAUGAUUGUACUUGCCAACCGCCCAGGUUUUCCUUUCCUCGGAAACGAUUUCUUUGCAGCUUUGGGGGAUGUGUUUAGCGUCCAUGCUAUAGAAAAUCCGAGUUUGGAAUCUGAGUUGGAGCUACUGCGUCAUUUUGGGCCAAGCCUGUCAGAUAAAACUUUGAGAUCUGUGGUCCAGGCAUUUUCUCAGCUGAGAAGUCUUGCAGAUCAAGGCAUGCUUAAUUAUCCUUAUUCUACACGAGAGGUCAUUAACGUGGUGAAGCAUUUGGAGCGCUACCCAAAAGACGGUAUCGUGCGCACCGUUUCCAAUGUUUUCGACUUUGAUGCCUAUAGCCCGGAAGCAAAAGAGUUGAUAAUCCGAGUUUUUCACGAAAAUGGGAUUCCCUUGGGUGCAUCUGUGAAUAAUGUCUCGCUUGCGGUUCAGCAGCCCCUUGCGGCACCUAUCUUUGGUGGCCAGUGGAAAAUCCUUCCAUCUCAUGCAGCAAAUGCUGCUAAGAGACCUGUCGGUUUAUCCGGAGCCUUUUCAGCUCGGGGUACAAGUUCUCUUCUAGUACCAACAGAGGCAAGACUUCUAUGGUUUUCCGAGCAGAAAACGAAUUGGAAGUUGCCCAUUGGUGAAACGCAGUGGAUCCAUGGUCUGGUGACCUCCAAGGAAAAUACGGUUCAUAUCCUCACUACAAGCCCUGCCGUCCUUUAUAGUUUGGAUUUAAAAACCAAUCGAUUGCUAGAAACGCAAUUAGACCGUUUCAUCGAUCCAGGUUUUUACGCCAACCAAUGCCGAUUACAGCUGUCGGCAAUGAAAGAUCAAAUUCUAAUUUUUGAUCCUGAGAGAUGCAAAUUAGUGAUGUUUGACUACAUAAACCAGACCAUUGGUACAUGUGACCUUAUACCUACCCCUUCAGUCACGAAUUCUUCUCUUGGUCGGCUGAGCCAAAGGUGGAUUGGUGGUAAAAACACCAAUAACCGAAUGAUUUUGGCUGGGGGAUUGCCUGAUUUGGACAUACUUGUUUUUUAUGAACCCCAAGGAACCCAUGUACAAUUAUUCAACCCUAAUGAAGCAGAUUGUACAGCGUAUCAGAUGGACUUCAAUAUUCAAAGCGUUUUUGCUGUGAUGAAUGAUAAAGUCAUAAUCCAGUCGCAAGACUCAAACCAAAAAUUCCUGUUUGAUGUCAAAAAUGGUUUAUUGCAAGUAAUUGAAGAAUCACAGACCUUGGGUCCGGUCACAUCCAAUAUAGUUAGCCAUUCGGAUAGCAAGGCGCUUUUUACCAUGAAAAAUUAUUACGGAACUCAUAUGACUAUUCCACAAAACGAACUUCUUCUAUGGCCAGGUUGUGCUUGCUCCGAUUCAACUAAUAUCGUUUUACUUCCAACGAAUGACUCAGUUGUGAGAAUCGCAUCAGGCGAGGAGGUACCAAAACCAAUUGAUCGUAAGAAAAAUUUAUAUUUUUUACAAGUAGCAGAUUUGUCUGGGCAGACUCUGAGAUAUAUUCCAAUUCCAAAUUCGGAGCAAAGGCGUCGCUAUGGAAAUUCGGACAAAAAAACUCAUCUUUGUGCGUAUAACCAAGGAAGUGUCGUUACUGUAGAUGAUUCUGGAUUUAUUCGACUUUGGGAGAUCAACCAAUCCCAAAUUACAAGAUCACUUGAAGUUUGGCGGAGUAACGUUGGCGACGAUGUUGGACAACUAACAAUCAAGCGAACCCAACAAAGCGGUGAUGUGUCAGGUCCAAAAGUAGGGAAAAUUGAUCCUAAAAACACGCCUCACGUCGGUGGCAAUACCUGGGCUGGGGGAACUGGAGGCCGUGACACCGCCGGAUUAGGUGGACGUGGUGGACCUUACAGACUUGACGCUGGGCAUGACGUUCAUCAAGUAUCAGAUGAAGACAAGGCAGCGGUUCCCGAAGAGAUCCAGCGAGCAGCGAGGGAGAGGAAAAAAGCAUAUCAAGAGCGUCUGAAACAGAUUCGCAUGGACCCGGUUGACGCCGAACUAUAUCAAAAAUUCUCUUCAAGUAUUCAGAAACAAGUACUGGCGCUAAAAGUAAUUUUGGACAAUAUACAAGCAAAAGGCAAAGAGCGACAAUGGAUGAGACAUCAAACUUACGGAGAUUUAGACGAUACCAAGAUCAUUGAAGGUCUUACGGGUGAGAAGAAUAUUUACCGCAGAAGAGCGGAGCUUCAUCCUGAGUUAGGAGCACCUCCGGAAAAGCCAAAACAUUUGAGGCUUUUGGUAGACGUUUCGGGAAGCAUGUAUAGAUUUAAUAGCUACGACCGUCGUCUUGAAAGAGAAAUGGCCGCCGUGUUGUUAUUCAUGGAAGCACUAGACGGUCACUCAGAAAAAUGGCGUUAUGAUAUAGUGGGUCAUUCUGGGGAAACGCUCAACCUUCAGCUGGUCAGUGCUGAUCGCCCUCCGAAAGAUGACAAACAAAGAUUCGAUGUUUUACUGAACAUGCAUGCUCAUUCGCAGUUUUGCAUGGCCGGAGAUCACACUUUGGAAGCUUCAAAGCAAUCAGUUGCCAGCUUAAGUGAGGCAACUGAUAUAGACGAAGCCUUUGUGAUUCUUUUAUCUGAUGCCAACCUGGAUCGUUAUGGUAUUCCGGCUGCGCAUCUUGCAGAAGCGCUUGCUUCCACAGAUAACGUUCGAUCCGCCGUCGUUUUCAUAGGAUCGCUAGGUGAUCAGGCAAAUCGAAUUUCGCAGAAGUUACCAGCAGGCAGCUCCUAUGUUUGCAUGGACUUAGAAAAGCUACCUCAGAUUUUGCAACAAGUCUUUACAUCCGUCUUGUUAUCCACAUAAAUAAGCGUUGUGUUCAUUAUUGCUGGAUAAAUGAGUACCAUAGCACAUGUACGUUUUUACCGCCACGCUGUCGAAUGUCUUUAACAAUAGUCCGUAGCCAUUACAUGCCCACCUGUACCCA